GUGCAAACCACAGAACAAAAAACAUAUUUGUUGUGUAAUUUGCAGAACAAAUAUUUGUAUACUGUGAUUUUUUCGUAUCUAAUUAAUUUUAACAAACUAAGAAAAAAUACAAUAAUAAGAAGAGAAUGACACAAAGAUGUAGUUAUUCAAAAUGAUGACGUCGCCAUAUGUGAAUGAACAUCGGGUUCAAAGCAACAACUUGAAACUGCUGCAAAAAAUGAUGGAAGAAAGUAAUGAUGAUGAAGAAAGCAUGGUAGCCCAUUGGAAAGAAUACUUUAACAGACUUGAUGAAUAUACUAAAAAUGGAAACAUUGACCACGUGGAAGAUAUUAAACUCGAAAGAGAUAUCCUUCGGACUGCACUGUUACACACCGUAGCUAAUAACGUAGAAAAAGGUCAAGACACAGAACAUUGGAAGGUGUCAGAGACACUUCAAAACCAAAUUACUUGUAUGGUAGCCAGGAAACUUCUUCAGGAAAUAAAAUCUCAGUUAGUCAAGCAAGGAAUGAAAGAACCGAACAUGAAAGAAUCAAUCAUCAAGGACAUUGACAAUUACUUGAAUAUCCCCUUUCGUGAGCAUUGUAAUGGUGAUGAUGAAUUCUGUCUUACGGACGAUGUUUAUUCAGGUUGGAAGAAGAAUCAACAUGAGUUGAGAAAAAGAAACAAGAAAAUGGAAAAGUUCAGUAUCACAUCUGAUAAAAAGUUAAAUGAUAUCGAAAAAGAAAUACGAAAAAGUCAAGAGAAUAAUCAAAUAUUUCGCCAAACUUUAGAUGAAGCUUCUGACAAAAUCUCAGUAUUAAUUCAACAAUUGCAAGAUGCAAAUAUGCAAUCUGAAUUUCUUCAGAAACAAAUCAAUGUUGUUGAUGAAACUGUAUCCGAAAUGGAAAAGUGCAAAAGAAGAACUGAACAAGAGUGUACUCAAUUACAAGAGGAAUUAUUCGAAAAACAAGAAUCGUUGGUUCAUCUAUUAAAGCGCAUAGAUAAAGAUUUAGAGACAAAUCUACUAAAGCAUCAAGAUCACUUGGAAAAGAAUGAACAUUUCAACGAAGCUUUAGAGGAGAUAGCAUCCUGUUAUUCUACAUUUGAAGAACAGGAAAUCGCCAUUUUGUCGAAGUAUGGCAUUUCAAAACCCAAUCCAGAUAUCGAAAUGGAUUCCACUGUUUUGAGUAAUCGUAUAAACAUGGACCUGAAUCAAAAAGUUGAAACGCUAAAAAAAGAACAUCGAAGGAUGAGUAUUGAAAAUGAAGCAUUGGCAAUCCAGAAGGAUGCCUUAACUGUCGAUGUGGAUGAUUUAUUUCAUUUAAAUCAGAAACUCUCUGAAGAGAAUAUGUAUUUGCAGUCGCAGUUAGAUGUUGUCGAAAUUGACGAAUACAUUGCUAGAGAUGAUAAUCCGAGAAAAGCAAGGAUCGUCCGAUUUCAGGAUGGAGGAAAGUUUAGUGAUUCAGAUGAAGAAGAAAUGCAAAUCACCAAAGGUAAAAUUGUUCACGUCAAAGAUUCCUUAGAUGAUAAGAAGAACAAACAAAAAGAGGAUAGUUUUGAGAAGAUUUCUACACUCGAAGCAAAGGUUGAAGAGUUAAGUAAAAGAAAUGAACAUUUAGCAACUUUUAAUAUCAAAGUACAAGAAAUCUACGAUGAAAAUAAAGAAUUACUUGAAGAGAAUAACAAUUUAAACGAUGAGAUUGAAAACCUUGAGGAAAAGCUAAAGGCACAUCAGAAAAGUGAAAACGAAAAUGAGAAACUUUAUGAAGAACAAGUUCAAAAAAUGAAGAAAUACGAAGAAGAAAAUGAUGAAUUAAAAGAAAGCAUUUUUCACCUAAAAGAGGCUUACCAUCCAAAGUUGCUUCACAUUAGAGCAAAGAAUAUUGACAUUUUGAAGCUAGAGAACAGCAACAACAACAAUGAAUCGGAGGAGCUGCUACUGGAAAAAGCUUUAAUAGAUGAAAAAGACCGUUCAACUGAGUUAGAAAGAUCUAACCAGAGUUUGCGAAAUAUAAAUAAAACAUUGGCUGGACUUGCCAAAAGAGUAGGCCUUGAUAAUUUGCAACCAGACCAGACUUAUCGAAUCAAUAUCCAAUCCGGUGAUGAUUAUCAAGUUAUGAGCUUCAGUGGUAUUUGUGUGUCGGAGAAAGAAAAGGAAGCAAUGAAAUUUCGAAGUGGCAAUCUGGGAGAUGUUUACAGCGUUUCCAUAUGGAGAGAAGAGGAGAAUAUUGUUGAAGAAUUAUCUAAGAUGUUGCAUGAGAGCUAUAAACAGUGUGAUCAGAUGAAAGAAAAACAGCGUGUAAUGAAAGAUAAUGUUGAGCAGAUGACAAGAGAAAUAGAAGUUUUUAAGGCAACUGGCGAUGCUGGUGUACCAGGAGAUAUCAUACGGACAACAAAAAAUAAUGGUAACGAACAGUUGCAAACUCUUUGCAGCCUUUUGACUGAUUUGGGAAUACAAAAACUAGAAAAUGGUGUUUUGUAUAUAGUUCAUUUUCAAGCAAUGUCCAAGACAGCAACAACAAGAAGGGCCAGCAAAGCAUAUCAACAUUCCUGCAAUCCAACGACAUUUGAUGUUGCAAAGAAAAUCAUCAACAACGUCGCUGCUGCUGAUUUAACAAAAGAGAAAGUUUCACCAAAGAGAAUACGGAACGAUGAUUUUUCGUUGAAAUCUUUAGAUAUAUCUUUGCAGGAGAUCUUAUCAGACGAUAGUGCAGGUUCGAGAAUAGAUAGUAAAGAUGAUUUGGAGAGAUUGUUAAGAAUUUCCAAAAGAGAAACUGAAGAACUGAAGAGAAAAAUCAGACAAUUGCAAAAUGAGUUGUCACACUUAAAAGAAUGGAGAAAGGAGUUUACCAAAGAAAAGAAAUAUAGUGACGAAAUUAUUGAUGAAGAAGAAAAGGAAGAAAAUGAAGUAACUCGAAAGAAAAAAGAAGAUAUAACUGAAAUCAUUGAUCUUGAACAAGCAUAUAAACUAUCUGAAGCCAACUGCGUGUUUCUUGAACGCAAGUACAGAGAAGUGGAACAAGAAUUGAAGAAUGUAAAAUCCUGUAUUGAUCAGCAGAGGGAAGAUUCAUUUGAUAAGAGCGAGCAAAUUGAUUGCUUGAAACAAGAAUUAAUUGAUGUUAGAGCGAAGCAUUUGAAGAACACUAAACUUGUAAGUGAGUUAAGAAAAGAUCUCGAGUAUUUAGAAAGAGAUGUCGAAUUUUAUAAGCAGAAACUGAUUGAGAAUAACAUAGAAUUGAUAUCUAACCCGUCAACAAUUAUUAGUUCUGGUGAUAGCUAUGGUAAGGCUAAUGACAUUCUCGUAUUACAAGCAGACCUUGCAAUGGCGACAAGAGACAAGCAGAGUAUCUCACAGGAAUGUGAAAGUUUAAAAGCACAAAUUAAAUAUCUACAGAUUGAAAAGAGGUAUUUAGAAAAACAGGUUAAGGACCAAGUGCAAAUACAGGGAGAUGAGUUGAAAAAGACUGGAGAGAUGGUGGACAUAACAGAAAACAGAGAAAGAACAUCUAUAUCUUUGGAAAGCGAAGUCAAAGAGCAUGGUUUAGCUAAAAAGUAUAAACGCACAGAAAAAGAAAAUCACCAGCUGCGUCAAGAAAUUCAAGAAACCAAAACAGAUAAAGGAAGGAUUGAACAAAAAUUGAAGCUGCAAUUAAUAGAAACAGAAGCUUUAAAAUCGAACAGCGACAAUCUACAAUCGAAAAUUCUUGAACUGGAAAAGAUAAUCUCUGAAUGGCAACCAAAGAAAACAGGUAAACAAAGAAAGGUGAGUACCUCAGCUAAGGAGUUUGCUGUCAAGUUUGCCAUCAUUGAGGAGCAGAGUAAAGGAUUCGAGAAUAGCGAUAACCUAUAUAGAGAAUGUGAGGUCAUAAAGGAGGAAGCCAUACUAUUGGCUCACGAGAACGAAGAAAUCAAAGAAUCUAACGAUGUGUUGGUGAAAAGAAACUCAAAUCUUCGUAGAGAAAGUUUAGCUGCAAAUAGUGCCAAGAUACAAGUAGAGUUGCUAAAGGAGCAAAUCAGCUCACUGGAGAAUGAGAAUGAAAUAUUAAAAGUUGAAAGCAUGAGAGCAAAUUUGUAUGACAAUGACAGAAAAUCUGAAUUUUUGAAAAAGGUAAGUCAGGAAUUAAAUAUCCCACUGGAAACAAACGCACUAAGAAAAUUGUCAUGUAUAGUACUAACAAAAGCCUCACAGACAGAAUUCGAAAUUAAAGAUACACAACAAACCCGAAGUUACUCAUUAGAUGAGAGUGACAAUGAAAUUGUCAUAGAAGAGCUUCAGUUCGUCAUCGAAGAUCUGACAAAAAGAAAUUCUGAACUUAAAACAAAACUGUACAGCUUGGAAAAGAAACUAGAAGACGUGGAAAAAGAGAAUAUUAGUCUGGAAGAUAUCAACAAUCGUUUGCUGGAUCGAAACGAUGCUUUAAAGAAGCAAGUUGAAGAUAAUAAGCAAAAUGCUGAAGUUGCAACUUGUGACAGUGCUGAUACAGAUGAUCCAAGCUUAGGUAUCAACUUGUUCUUUAAAAACGAUAUACUUGGAGAAUAUGAAAAAGCAGAACUGGAAGAAGAAAAUAAAGCAUUAAAAUACGAAAAUAGAAUGUUAAAAGAGAAUACGAAUGAAAAUGAAAAGCUCAUUGAUAAUUUGAAAAGUGACAGAAAGGAACUUCUUGAUAACAACGGCGCGUUAAUAUCUGGUAACAAUGAGUUGAUCUCUAUCCUGCAAGACUUAAAAGGUGAAAAUUUUAUCAAAGACUUACUGGCUGACUUGAGGAUCCAACGUAAUCCUGAUUGGCAAAAUAAUAAAUGUCAAAAUCAUAGUAGUGAUCACACUGGUAAUAAUAUUGUGUUAAAGAUUGACUCUCCUCUACAUGAAGAGGGUGAAUCCACGGAUGAAUUAAAAAAAGAGUUGGACAAGCUAGCUCAAAAGAACUCAGAAUACAAAUCAACGAUUGAUCAUUUGGAAAGACAACUGCUACAACUUACACACCAUUCACAAAAUAAUGAAGAUUUAGAUAAAAAUGAAACGGUUGAUGAAUUAUUUGCAGUGAAGUUUUUGUUGGAAUCGAAUCCUGUUGCACAUUCUGAAGAUUUAUUUGAGAAAGAAAGCGAUUCCGAUGAUUUUACAAGUUGCAUUCAGGAAGGUGAGUUAGCGUCUGAGAUGGAAGACUUUUUUAAAAAAUACUCUACCGGAGACCUUGAUGAUACUGAUAUUGAGAGUGAGAUCGAGGAAGAAGAUAUGGACAACAUGGAGGCUGAACCACCUCAUUUGUACAAAGCAGAUGACGAACCAGCUAGGAAAAUUGGUGAAGUGUCACGGUUUCGCGCCAAAGAACAUAUUGAAAAGGCGCUUGAUGUUUGUCAGCAACAGUUGAGUGAAUGUAAACAAAGAAAUAAGACGCUGUACGACGAAAUUGACGAUUUAAAAGAAAAAUACCACAAAUGUAACAGCGAAAAAGAAGUUUCGCAGAAAGCUCUAAUCGCUCUACAGAAGAAUUCCACAGAAUGUGCAGCAAUCGCUGAAGAACAAAACAAAGAGAUCGAACGUUUGAAACAAGAGAUUAAUCAACUCAGACUAAAGGAAACCGAGCUGUUACAAGAUGUAAGCAAAGCUGAAGAAAAUAUUACAGAACUUCAACUAUUAAGCAAGGGAAUGGAACAUGAACAAAAAGAACAUGAAGAAAAAACAAAAAAAAGUGAAGUAGAGAUUGAAAAUUUGAAGAGAGUCAUAGGGGAGCAAGAACAUCUUAUGCAUCAAUUGGAACUGAACCAAUCACAAGCAGAUGAGGUAGAAGAUAUCCAACCAAAAUAUGAGUUGUUAAAAGAUGAACAUAAAGAAACGUUGGAUGAACUGAAUGUAAUGAUCUCUCAAUAUAAAGAAUGUGAAAAUAAAGUUAAGGAACAAAAAGAACAAAUAAUACAGAAGGAAGAAGAAGUAAGAGAAUUGAUGAGAAUUUUAAAAGAAAAAGAGGUUCAAUGUGAACAGUUAAAUAAUGAAAAUGAAGAACUUCAAAAGGAUGUAAAAGAACGACAACAAAGUUUGAAAAAGUUAGAAGAAUUUUUGUUGAACGAAAAUAAAGCUUUAUCUGCCGCACAAAAGAAAUGUGAGGUGUUGGAACACGAUAACAAGAGAAAAGAAGAAACGAUUUAUCUGCUGAAGGAACAUUUGAGCAGACAAGAAAAAAAGGAAAUUGACGUGAUAGCUAUUGAUAAAGAAGAAGAUAAACCGGAAGAUAUUUCCUUUGAAAUCAAAGCCUCUUCAGAUGAUUCAAAGCAAGCUAUAGAAAUGUCGCUGGAAGAAGCCGACAUGACGUUACCUGAAGUCUGCAUCUCCAAAGACAGCUCCUCAUCAGUAGAAUGCCAACAUUGUUUCCGAAGAAGCUUAUCAUUUCCAUCAACAAAACCAAAUACUUUCUUGAAUUACCCAAAGAAUAAUUUGCUUGGAUUAAGUGAUGUUUCCGAUGUCGAAAGCAUUCACGAUGGAACUGAAAGUUAUACUGAAGAUUACGUCUUUAAAUUGAAAACAAAACUAAAAUUAUCGCGCGAAAAAAUUCGCGAAAAGAAUAAAGUUAUUCGCAAUCAAAAUGUUGAUAUAGAUAACUUUCUGGAGGAUAUUGGUACGAAGGAAAAAUUUAUUGACAAAUUGAGGAAAGAGAUUGAGGAAAUUAAGAAAACUGAUGAAAAAGAAAAAGAAAAAGAAGUUAAUAGGGAAGAAGGAAUAAUAGAAUUAGAAACGCCAAGUUUCUUAGAAGAAUCUCUUACAACCCAACCGUCUGAGACUGAAAUGGUUAAGGGUGAAGAAAACGUGAUUAGCGAAUUGUUUACAUUUACUGAGCAGUGCUGUAAAGAAAUUGACGAACUUCGUGCCUAUGUGAACACGUUAGAAAUGAAAGCCAAUCAAAAGCCAGACUUGAGCAAACGAUUAGAAGACGCAAUGAGGUGUAUCAACAAACUUAAACGGAAAAUUCAAACUUGUGUCGAUCUAAAAUUAAUCUCUUGCUCUGAAUCAAUUGACGACGUGGUGUAUGCAGACCCUACUGACAGAGGCUUGUCUACACCAGAUAUUUUGGACGCCUCAAUUGCGUUGGACAGGCCAGGAAAAACCGUUAACGAAAUUCGCUCAGAUAAUGAAAAAUUAAAAGAGCAGAAUAUGGAGCUAAAGAAUCAGUUAAAAUCAUUGGAAUCGAGGUUGUCAGAAAUAAUAAACGAACAACAAGACGAUAAAGUAAAUAAAGAAGUUGCUAAUGACAACGAGAGAGUUAGGUAUACUGGUGGUAAAGAAAGUACCCUAAACUUUCUUCGAGCAGACAGUGGAUGUGAUACAGAUCGUUCAACAGAAGAUGGAGUUGUGUCAGCAAAAAUUGAGAAAUUGAAGCAAAAGCUGCAGACCACUGAAGCACAAAUCGAGAAAGAUUGGGAAAUUAUCGAAAGCCAAGGCUUCCAACUGGAAAACCUUCAUCAACAAUACAUUGAACAACGCGAUGAGAAUCGAAUGAAUAUCGAAAACUUAAAUAAAAUAAAAAAGGAUUUACAAAAUAAAAAAGAUAGAAUUGCUUCGUUAAUGGAAGAAAUUAGAGAAAUAGAGACAAGAUCUAAAAGUAAGGAGGAAGAGUUGGAAAAACUUCUCGAGGAGAAGGAAGACGGUAUAGAAAAACUGCACCUCAUGAUUUCAGAGUUAGAAAAAAGUUUAACAAACUCCCAAUCUCAUAUCGAAGGUAUUUUAAACGAUUCGCUUGAAAGUCGCGAUCGAGAGAAAGAUCAUGUGUACCAAAUAAACGAUAAAGAAUCGAUGAUUGAAGAUUCAAAAGUCGAACUAACUAAAGUUAAGAAAGAGUUAGAAACUUUAAAGUUAGGCAUGGACGCCAUGCCAACAAAAGCGUUAGAUUUUACAACUGAGGAGGAUCUGCUGUCACUAAGAGAUAAAGUAGAUGCUUUAUCGUUUCACCAAAAAACGUUAAACAAAGAUACCCGACAUUUUAUCGAUAUAUUUAAGAAUCAGUUUAUCGGAGAUAUCGAACAUUUACGUCAUCUCAUGAAAGAAAUUUUUACGAGACAGCAAAUUAGCUCUAAAAUUGAUAAAAAUAUGUCGGUUGAAGGGAAGAAAUUUGAUAAUGGCGUCCAUAUUGGUGAAGCCUCGUUCUCCGAGAAAAAUGAUGGUAGAGAAAGCAAUGAGAUAAACGCAGAAAAUAAUACCACAAACAAGAAAGAAGAAAACAAACAAAUAAAGUUAGAGCUGAGAGAACAACAAAAUUUAAUAAGAUCUUUAUCUGAAGAACUAAACCAAUGCAAAAACAGCUUGCAAUCCAAAGAAACGAUACAUCGAUUGCAAAUCAAUACCAUCGUGCGAAGUUUGGCGAAACGAUCGAAUGUGCUGCCGAGAACGAACGGUAAAAUUUUGGUACCGACGCUUGAUUUAAGCAAAACUUCAAGCAGGAUGGGCUCAAGUGAAUUCUUAGAAGCUUGUUUAAAGAAAAUGGACAGUGAUUCGAAGGGAAAGGAGAACGAAACAAAUCAAGGAUGAACAGGCAAUCACUGGGCUGGGUAUACACAAAAACUGUACAUCUGCUUCUAACAAGGACUACCUGCAUACUUGGAGAUCUAUAACUGAAAUAUGUAAGGUGAAAUAUCCGAAAUAUAAAUAUGAGUAUAAAAGUAAAUAUAUCUAUAUAUUUUUA